AUGGGGAAGCUGUCUGAAAGGCCAGUGCCAAUCUUGAUGGUGAUUUUCUUGGAAGAAGGAUCCUCAAUACAAGGUUUAGCUUUUCGGGGGCACGAUGAAUCUUCAAGUUCCAAGAACAAGGGUAACUUUUUGGAGUUACUCUAUUGGUAUGGUGCACGUGUUGAUAAGAUUAACAAGACAUUGAAAGCAAAUGCUCCCGGGAAUAACCAAAUGACUGCUCCAAAAAUUCAAAAGGACUUGAUGCAUUCUUGGGCUGAAAAAGUGAGAUCGCUCAUUAUUAAAGACAUUGGUGAUUGGAUUUUCUCACUUAUGGUUGAUGAAGCUAGAGACAUUUCAGUGAAGGAACAAAUGGCUAUUGUUUUGAGAUAUGUUGAUUCUCGUGGACAAGUGAUUGAGAGAUUUCUUUGUAUAGAGCAUGUGACAAACACUUCAUCCAAGACUUUGAAAGAGGCUAUUGAUAAUUUAUUUGCAAAAUAUGGAUUGUCCUUAUCAAGGUUACGAGGUCAAGGUUAUGAUGGAGCUUCUAAUAUGCGAGGAGAAUUUAAUGGCCUAAAGUCACUCAUAUUGAAGGAUAAUCCAUAUGCAAGGUAUGUUCAUUGCUUUGCUCGUCAACUUCAAUUAGUUGUCGCUGGUCUUGCGAAAAAAAAAAUGCCUAUUAUCAAUGACUUCUUUAGUUAUGUGAUUAAAAUUGUCAAUUUGGUUGGAGCGUCAUGUAAAAGGAAAGAUGAACUUCGACAAAGACAACAUGAAAAUAUAGUUACACAUAUAGAGAAAGGUGCAAUUUCUACUGGCAGAGGCCUCAAUCAAGAGACAAGCCUUGCAAGACCCGGGGACACACGUUGGGGAUCUCAUUAUUAUACAAUACUUCGUCUUAUAAUGAUGUGGCAAACGGUAACGGAUGUUGUUGGAAAUAUUCAUGAUGAUGGAACUAGCCCUGACCAACAAGGUGUAGCUUUGGGUUUGAUUGAUCGUAUGGAAAGACUUGAAUUUGUGUUCAUAUUAUUUUUUAUGAAAAAGGUGUUGGGUAUAACAAAUGGCUUGUCACAAGCAUUGCAAGAGAAAAAUCAAAAUAUAGUGAAUGCUUUAGACAUGGUUGAAUGCGUCAAGCUCAAGUUACAAUCAUUGAGAGAUGAUGGAUGGGAUGAAUUGUUGGCUGAUGUUUCAGAGUUUUGUGUUAAAAGUGAUAUUGAGAUGCCAAAUAAUAUGGAAGAUACUAUGUUGGUCCGAGGUCGUCCAAGACGUGAGAAACAAAUUAUUACAUAUUUGCACUACUAUCACGUUGAUGUUUUUUACUCAGUUCUUGAUAUGAUUAUGCAAGAUAUGAAUAGUCAUUUUUCAGAAUCUACUAUUGAAUUGCUUUCUUGCAUAAGUUGCCUUGAUCCAAAACAAUCAUUUCCAAGAUUUGAUUUUGUUAAAUUAGUUCGUAUUGCUGAGCUUUAUCCUGAAGAUUUCUCAAAAAUUGAUCGAAUGGCAUUGGUAGAUCAAUUAGAGAUGUACAUAUGUGACAUGAGAAAAAAUGUUGAUUUUUCUUCACUAGGAAGCAUUGGAGAACUUGCCAUAAAGUUGGUUGAAACAGAAAAACAUGUCAGAUAUCCUCUAGUUUAUCAGUUGAUUGAGUUGGCGUUGGUCUUACCCGUUUCCACUACUUCUGUUGAAAGAAUUUUUCAGCAAUGA